AUGAAGUUCCUCCCCCUCUGGGCUCUCCUGAACCUGCCUGUUGUUUUGGCCUUCAAUCCAGAUUACAUGCUUGCCGACACUCCCCCCUACUUGGUCUACCUGAGAUCUGAUUACUUGCCCUGCGCCGGAGCCCUGAUCCACCCUCUGUGGGUGGUCACAGCUGCACACUGCAACUUGCCAAAGCUUCGGUUGGUAUUUGGGGUUACAAUCCCAUCAGACUUCCGUGAAAGCCACCUGCAGGUACUUGACUAUGAGAAGCUGAUUUAUCAUCCACAAUUCUCAGUCACUUCUAUUGACUAUGACAUCAUGUUAAUAAAGCUGCAAAGAGAAAUUGAACUCAAUGACUAUGUGAAACUGAUCAACCUGCCCUCCCACCCUGUCCCUGUGAACAGUAUGUGCAAUGUUUCCACCUGGAGCUACAACAUAUGUGAUAUAUCCAAGGAGCCUGAUUUACUGCAAACUGUGGAAGUCUCUGUAAUCUCCCAAAGUGAAUGUCGGGAUGCCUAUAAAACCUACAACAUCAGGGACAACAUGGUGUGCAUAGGAAUCGUGCCAGGAAGGAGGCAGCCCUGCAGGGAAGUCUCAGCUGCCCUGGCAGUCUGCAAUGGGAUACUUCAAGGGAUCAUGUCUUUUGCAGAUGGAUGUAUUUUGAGAGCUGACGUUGGCAUCUAUGCCCAGCUCUUUAACUAUGUACACUGGAUUGAAAAUGUAAUCCGAAACAACUGA